AUGUCGGCAGUCCCUGUAAACAGCAACCCCCCUUCAAAGUCCGAGUCCAAGUCGUCCAAGAAGAAGCGUGCGAAGGCUGAACUUUCCACCAAUGUGUCCGAAUCGACCCCCUCGAUCCCCGAUGUGGACUCGAAGCAGGAGCCUUCUGUCAACGGUGUGAGCGACGAGGCUGAGGGCUCGCUCUUCAAAGAGCUUCAGAAGCACUUGCGCAAUGCUACGAAGAAACUCAGUGCAACCGCUAAAGUCGAUAGCAUAAUCGCACAAUACCCCGGCAAAUCCCUCGAUGAAUUGGUCGCGGAGAAGAAAAUCAAUGCCGACCAGAAAGCUCAGGCUUUGAAGAAACCGUCUUUGCAGGCGCAGGUCGCUCAGAUCGAAGAGCAAAUCGCACAGUACAAGCAAUUUGCAUCGCACUACGAGGAGCGCCUUGUCAGCCAAAAGACUGCUUUGGAAACUGCGCACAAGGAAGAGAUUCAAGCAAUUCAGCAAAAGGCUGUCGCCGAAGCUAAGGAGUCUCAAGAGAGCAAGCUCCGAUCUCAACUACUCACUUUGAGUCAAUUCCUGCGGACUGCGGCUUCCUUCAGACAUGAACCUGAUGAAGCAGCUGCCGAUAGCCCGGCUUUUGAAGGCGUUUUGUUUCAGAUCUACGGUGGUAACAAAGACGCCGUCGAUUCGAUGGUCAAGCUCAUCAAUGGUGCCGAUGACAAGGUUGUGGGUGUUGAUGAGCAGCCUCUGGAUAUAUCUUAUGCCCGUGUGAAGCAGGUGUCAGAAGAACGAUCGCCCCCAGUUCCAGAAACAGCAUGGACUGAAGGGGCUCAAGCCGAGUCAUCGUCAGACCCUACUAUCGCCAACGCUGGUCUUACCGAGCUCCAAGCUACCACUGUUGCUGCCACUGUAGAUGGUAAUAGCUUCGCCGAUGGCGCUCCAGCCCAAUCCGACGAGCCUGUCUCUGCUGCUCCCUCUCAGGGUUUGGUAGACGAUGCGGCCAACCAAGUAGCCGAGUCUAGCUGGGAACCACAGACCUCUAGCUGGGCAGAGGAUGUACCGACUGGCCCCGUACCAACUGCAGGUAAUGACGGCUUCGAACAGGUCGUCCAUCACCAGCGGCAAAACAGCGUCCGAGGUGGACGAGGUCGCGGUCGCGGCCGCGGAGACGGAUCUCGCGGUCGUGGUGGACGGGGCGAGUUCAAAGGCAAGGGCCGUGGCCGUGGUGAAUUCAAAGGCGGCCGCGGUCGUGGUGGACUUGGUGGCCAGCAAGGAAACCGUGGUGAAGCCGUCGCAACCCACUAG